UAUAUUAGUUUAUCCAGUGAACACAUAACCCAGUCAUUGAAGGAAGAAACAUAUAAAAUGUUGUUGCAAUCCUUAGAACUCCCUGUAAAUUCUUUCCAGCCAGAUUCAGUAAUCAUGGAAGAUACACUUUCAUUUUUAAGCAAAACGUCUCUAAAUACCUCCUAUCAUUCUCAUUUUAGCACAUUACUCACUUCAAGCUUUGUGCCACAUGAUUGGCAAACUGAAAACUCUCAAGAAGUUAUAGCAUAUUUAUCAUCUGUGACAAAAAUAAUGCCUUCCCAUGUAGUCACUGUCACUGCUGGAGGAGAGACUUCAUUGACUUCUUUUACACCUCCUGCAUCUUCCUCUAUCGAGUCAUUGAAGUUUUCCCCUCAGUCUUAUGUGCAAAAUGUCUCUGUCUUGCUACCAGUCAUUCUUCCUUCUGCACAGUCUUUUUCCUUGCAUACAAGUUCUCAUAAUGAGCCUGUUGUACAAAGCUCUUCAACUUCCUCUCAUGCCUUUGUGUUACCUGUGACCAGCUCUGAAGAGACAAGUAGCACUUUGCCACUCAAAUUUAUUAGCACACUUGUUGAAUCAAGUCUUCACUCUGUGCUACCAAGUGUUACAAUGUCACUUUCCAUUAGUAUAUUUUCAAUGGCAACUCCAAGACUUGAUAGAAGCGUUGAAUCUAAAAGCACAGUUGUACAAUCAGAUAGCAAGACCAGUACUUACACGUUACUAAAAUUCCCAGUGCCAUCGAGCCCUGAAGGUACUGCCAGUGCAACAAGUUCUUCUCUGAAGCCCUCAACGGUCUCAGUGCCAGCCUCAUCUGUCUCACUGAGCUUCUCUGCUCCAAGCAACAUUUCAGGAAUUCAAACAGAGAACCUGCUAACUGUCACCCUCAAAGUUGACUCUUCUGUGAACAUUUUUAAUGACAGUUUUAGAAGUGCUAUUGCAAAGGGACUUGAACAGACAUUUCUCACAGCUUUGAUGACAAAUCAAGGGAAGAGCAAACGGCAAGCAGUGGCAAAUAUUUCUGUGGAGAUAUUGAACAUCUUUCGAGUUGAUAUGAACAAUGUAAUGGUUCAGUUUGCUGUGCUACAGGACGGAAAACCAUUGACUGCGGCAGCUGCUUCCAUGGUGUUUAGUAGGCUUCCAGAUCCCAUGUCUGUCUUGAAUCAAAACUUGCCUUUUAAGGUGUCUCAGACUUCUUUUGUACUGCCUUCUUCUACAUCGACUUCUGUGCCUGACUUCACAGCCUGGAUAGCUGCAGUUGCUGUGUUGUCAGUUAUUUGUGCAUCGCUUCUCAUCUUUCUUGCCAUUCAUGUGAAGAAAAAAUGGAAGGUUGUAGGGGUGGCAUCUUCAGACAGUACACCAUCACCCGUUCAUUUUCAGAAGGAUCACCCAGGAACAGCUAAAAUAUACUUUACAGAAGAUAUUGAGAGAGGAAAGAAAGAAAGCAAAUCAGCCCCAGUACUGUUACCAUCUGAAGUGUUUGAAUCACCAGACAUUACGCAGCAACAUGACGUGAGUGACAAUCAGAAGCCAUCCACUUCCAACACGGGCUGCAAAGGAGAUGAAGACAAAGCGGUGAAAAGGGUCCCAAUGUUCAGUACACAGGAAAGGAGUAUUGUUCCGUCAUUUCAAAAUUUUGCAGAAAUGAAUAAAGCAGACUGUGUAACCAGGAUUCCAGUUCGCUUUCGAAGUUCUGUGGUUCCUUUGCCUCCUUUAAAAUCACAAAGACUGACAGUACUUGACACUGACGAAGAUGACGAAAAUGAAGUUGGCGUGAGAGAGAAAAACUUAAUCCGAAGAAACACAAAGGUGCCUCCUGAAAUGAAGAUUUCCAUAUCUAAAGCCGAAGCCAGCCGCAGCGACAUAGAACUGCAGAGGAAAGCAGAUGCUGAGAGAGAACGGAACAAAAAAAGGCAGAGACAAAAGCACAGGCUGAAAGUUGUUUCAGGGAAAGUGGGCCCAUCUACUGAAGAAACUGAAGAAGAAUGCAUCAGAAAAGCAUCAGACCAUGAAAAGAAAAAGAAGAAAAAAGAAAUGAAAAAAGAAAAAGAGCUACUUGCUUGGAAGAAUGCACAAGCCCAGCUUGGGUCUCUCCUCAACAUGCCAGUACCUGCCUACAAUGGACUUAAUAGGUAA